AUGAUUCAAUUUUCAAGUGACGAUUACUCAACCUUAAAGAGUACCUUGCUUGAAAUGUGGGUUCCAAUCGUAGGUGUUCAUACACCCGCUGAUUUAUGGACAAAGAAUUACGUCAAAGCCUUUUGCUCUAUUGUUAAGAUGGACAACUUCCCCACUGCACUACAGAACAAGAUGAAAAGAACAAAUGAAGAAUUUUGCAAGCGUAGCGUUUUCAAAACAAACUUUCAGAGUUUUUUCGAUACUCAGCCACCCUUUCAACUCAGUGAAGCAAUACUGACGGGAAGUUUGAGUGAAGGUCUUUUUCUCUAUUCGCUAGAGCCACCAGAUAUGGACAUCAUGUGUGUGUUAAAGAAUAUCACGUUUUCGCAAGAAGAUCAGAAAAACGGUAGCUUGCAGUUAAGAGAAGAUACGCCUUUUGUUUACGCAUUUGUGACAAAGAAAGAGACACAACAACUCUGGGGUGAGUUUUUUUACGAUGUUGGUACACAAGCAGGAAAGCAUCGGUUGUCCUCAAGAAAAUUGAAAGAAAAGCUGCAAGAUAACUACCAAAAGACAAGCAGAAUGUUCCAUACUAUGGGCGAGGAAGAGCUUGAACAAAUUAAUGAAGGUGCAGCAGCGACCGUUCGUAAGCCUAAACCUUCAUUGUCUUCCUUCCAGUAUUUUGUAGAAAUAUUUCAGAAGUUGUUAAGGCAACCAGUGAAUGAGCUAUAUAACCUACACAUAGAUAGAAGUCAGUUUCACGAUGACAUGUUAUACCAACUAGUUCCUUCCAGUGACAUUGUGUUGUCUAUAUACUGCGAGGGAUGGCCAUCCUGUGCGAGAGAAUGGAUGACGCGAGAACGACUUUGGCCUCAAAUACAUUCAGUGGAAAAAAUCACACAAUCUGGAUUUCAUAUUGUCCCAAAGAGUUCGUCUGAUGGAGAUUUUCGUUUGUCUUUCUCUGGUGCUGAAUCCAUGUUGAUCGAGACUCUCUUACCAUUACAACACAGAGUUAUGAGAGCUUUCAAAGCGGUAGUGAAAUAUCAUGAAAACACCUGGAGUCCAAAUCUGAAGGAUAUUAUAUCAAGUUAUCAUUUGAAAACUAUUGCAUUUUGGCAUUUCGAGAAAUCCUCACAAAAAUCUUGGACUGAAGAAACUUUAGUUCAUCAUCUUGUUACAUUACUCCAGGAGUUCGCAGAAGCUUUGAGAAUACAAAAUCUUCCAAUGUACUUUAUGCCAAAAUUUAACCUCCUCCAAGAUGUUGACGAUCCCGAAGUCACGCUGGACUUAAUGGAAAAGAUUUCACAACUUGCACACAAUUUCUCUGCGAUAUCUGAAGCUGUACACAAUUGCAAUACUUUAAAAUUGCUUUUCGCGACUGCCUCCGAUCAUUAUAACCUUGCAAACAUAUUCGUCACCUUACGUGAAGAAAAAUUGAAAAAAGCGCAAGAAAACUGUGAAGUUUCAUUCACCUUCUACGAUGUCUUCGUAGCUAUGGAGAAACUCGUAAAUAGAUAA